AGAAAAAAAAAUCUAUGAAAUGAAUAUUCAGCCUUCCCACUCUACAUGAGAGAUGAGGCUGGGCUUCUGAAGUCACGGCUCCCUCUACAGUUUGUACAGUGGAAAUUUUCCAUCCAGUGCAGGAAAACAAUCAAACUGACUGUGUUGAACAGUCGAGAGGACACAACGGGAGACGCGUCCGGAGAAACACACACAUACACAGCCUUUACUUCUGAGAUGUGUGUCUCCAAAGGCAGCGGGCACGUAAAUAUCUCUCCGGUGUAGAUUUACAUGUGGGAUCUCCAGCAUUUGAGAGGCUUAUUUACUGUUUCCCUUCGGACAAUCGGAACAAUGUCUCAUUCUUUGAAUACUUGAGGAGUGACGACAACUUUCCUGUUUUCAGACUUCACCAGACUAAUCGCGGAGGAUAAAGCGUGGAAACUGGAGAGGGGGGGAAAAGGAGAGGACCCGAUUUGACAAUGCAAGGGGAUCAAUUUCCAGAUCAGGAUUUGCAGAUUUAAGCACCAGGCAGUUAAGGGUGUCUGCAGCGGGAUACCAAGCGAUGUUGUCUGCGGAGAUGCGUUGUUUGCCGAGGUUCAUGUCCAUGGAUGUUGCAGCUCGGUCGGGGUGCACACGGAGUCUUUGGGUGGCUGUGAUUGGACCUGACACAGACUGGGGCUGACUGAUGUUUGUUCGAGAGGAAAUGUUUUGGGGAGGAGAUCAAUAUGAGUUAGUGGCGCACGCGAGGGGGGACAUGCCAGUCUUCAGGAGCAUCCAUAUUACUAUGAGGACCGAGGAAAACAUGCACACAUAAGCUAAAGAUUUUUUUUUUCUGUGUGUGUGUGUAUAUGUGUGUCUUGGAUUGCAAUUUAAAAGAGAACUGAACGAUGUUUUCUCUACCAGACAUUGAUAUUUAGUGUGAUGUGUUUUGCUGCCUUUGCAAACUGUUACAAGAUUGUUACAAGUGGAUAUGGAAAGUGUUUGUUCUUGCACUAAAGUUUUUUCUUUCUCCUUCCUCUUGACUAUCAUGCAUGGGACUUUUUUUAUAUUGCACCCCGAACAAAUAUAUAUUUACCUGGAUUUUGACUGAAUCACAACUGAAGUUAUGGGACAUUACAACAACAUUUUUUAUGGAGGAAAACAUCCAGCUCCCUAAUUUUGAAACCCAGUAAAAUGUAUUCACAAAUGCCGGGCAACAUGGCAGUUAACUGGGUUGUAUAUUCUGUCUUUUUAUUACCGCUGUUCGCAGUGGGGGCGGCUUUCUCGGGGGUCUUCAAUGCCACGGACAGAGACAUUUUUACAGAUGAUUUGCUGCAGGUCAAGCUCACACAUGACAAAGCGACCGAGCAGUGGAAACACCACUCUGCUGAUUCUCACCCCAACCUGUAUUUUAACCAAGUGGAUGUGUUGCACUUGAGGCAAAGGUCCUCCACCACCCACAGUCACAUAUUCAAAGUCAUCCGGGCGGCGGUGCUCACCAUGUUGUCCAAUGUUCCUUUUUAUAUGCCCCCUGCAAAACACGAGGAGUUUACAAGCAAGUGGAAUGAGAUUUAUGGGAACAACCUGCCUCCCUUGGCUCUCUACUGCCUGUUGUGCCCAGAGGACUCUGCUGCCCUGCAGUUUCUUAUCAAGUUUAUGGAUAGGAUGGCUGAAUACCCAGACUGGAAGGUGACAAGUGCCCCUAAUGACGAAGUUCCCAUGGCGCACUCUCUCACUGGGUUUGCUACUGCCUAUGACUUUAUUUACUCUUACCUGGAUGGACGGCGGAAGGAUGUUUACCUCAAGAAAAUUCGCUCUGAGACGGAGGAGCUGUAUGAGCUCUCUAAGUACAGGGGGUGGGGGAAACAGUAUCUCCAGAAUCAUCAAACCACUAAUAUAUUAGCCAUCAUGACUGGUGCAAUAGUGGUGGGUUCGCAUGAUGACCCAGAGUCCAUGAUCUGGAAACAAGUGUCGGUGAACUAUAUGGAGAAAACAAUGUUUCUCCUAAACCAUAUUGUUGAUGGGUCACUGGACGAGGGAGUAGCCUACGGGAGCUACACAGCCAAGUCCAUCACACAGUAUGUCUUCUUAGCUCAGCGCCACUUCAACAUCGACAACAUGCAGAACAACUGGCUGCGAGGACACUUCUGGUUUUAUUAUGCUACUCUGUUGCCAGGGUUUCAGAGAACAGUUGGCAUAGCAGACUCCAACUACAACUGGUUUUAUGGUCCAGAGAGCCAGCUUGUCUUUCUCGACACAUUCAUCAUGAGGAAUGGAACGGGUAACUGGUUGGCUCAACAGAUUAGAAAGCACCGGCCCAAGGAUGGUCCCAUGGGGCAGUCAUCUGCCCAGCGCUGGGCUACACUUCACACAGAAUACAUCUGGUACAACUCCCACCUCACACCACAACCUCCCCACAACUUUGGCAAAGCCUGGAUGCAUAUUUUCUCAAACUGGGGUGUGGUUACCUACGGAGCUGGGCUGCCCAAUGGUCAGGGUAAUACUUUUGUCUCCUUUAAGUCUGGCAAACUGGGUGGCCGUGCAGUCUAUGACAUUGUCCAUGACAAGCCUUACUCCUGGGUGGAUGGCUGGAACAGCUUUAACCCAGGUCAUGAGCACCCAGACCAGAAUUCUUUCACAUUUGCUCCUAAUGGACAAGUAUUUGUGUCUGAAGCACUUUAUGGCCCAAAAUACAGCUAUCUUAACAAUGUACUGGUGUUCAGCCCGUCUCCUACCAGUCAGUGUAACACUCCCUGGGAGGGUCAGUUGGGGGAAUGCGCCAAGUGGCUGCGCUGGACUGAUGAGGGGGUGGGUGAUGCAAGGGGGGAGGUGAUAGUCGCCUCCUCGCACAGGGACACCAUGUUUGUGAGUGGUGAAGCUGCAUCGGCUUACUCCCCCGCUAUGAAACUAAAGAGUGUGUACAGAGCUUUGGUUUUGCUCAACUCACAAACGCUGCUGGUGCUUGACCAUGUGGAGAAGUGGGGUGAUUCACCAGUGAAGUCACUCAGUGCUUUUUUCCACAACCUUGACAUUGAUUUUAAAUAUGUUCCUUUCAGAUUUAUGGACAGAUAUAACGGUGCAAUGAUGGACGUGUGGGACGCUCAUUAUAAAAUGUUCUGGUUCGACACCCAGGGUCACAGCCCUGAUACCAGGAUACAAGAGGCAGAGCAGGCGGCUGAGUUUAAAAAGAGGUGGACACAGUAUGUCAAUGUCACUUUUCCAAUGACAGGCACCGUCAGCAGAGUGGCUUAUGUGCUACACGGACCAUAUGUCAAAGUGUCCAACUGUAGAUUUAUGGAUAAUAGCAAGAAUGGCGUGAGACUUUCUUUAACCAUAAAUAACACAGAGAAGAUCGUCUCUAUAGCUACAAACUACAAAGACAUAGGAGCAAGGCUGACUUAUUUAGGAUUUGGAGGUCAUUGUAAAGUGGAGGAUAGAUAUCAAAUCACACGAUAUGGCCUUGGGACACAACUCAUCCCCAAACAAAUAAGUAGUGAUAAUCAGCUGUUUGACUUUGGAUUUACAGUCAAUGUGAUAGCAGGGGUUGUUCUCUGUGUGGCCAUAGGAUUUUUGACCAUGCAGAGAAAGUUUUAUGUCUGCUUCAGCAGGCUGAUGCGUUACGCCCUCCUCUCCGUGCUCAUCCUGUGGAUAGCCGAGUUGCUGUUUGUGUCUAACAGCUGCGAUCAGCUUCUCUGUGGGGUAAAAUGGAAAGGUGCAGGUGCCAAAAGUGAAGUAAACAAACAAAUCAGACUGUAUGAGCAGCGCCGGCUCCCCCUCCCUACUGUCCUCAUAACAACCCUUCCCGGUUCAGGCUCAGAAAUACUCAAGCACCUUUUCUACAACAUCUCUGACUUUGUUUACAUUAGGGUUCCCACCGAACAUGUGGACAUUCCAGAGACUGAGUUUGAGUUUGACUCUCUUGUUGAUGCCUGUGAGUGGUCAAGGUCAGAUGCUGUGCAUGGACGAUUUAAGAUUAUCCAGGGCUGGCUGCAUUCGCUGGUCCACAACACCAAGCUGCAUUUGCAAAACAUUCAGCUGGUGGAGGGCAGCAGGGUCAAACAACCCCAGAAAGUUGGCCCCUCCAGGGACAGAAAGAAAAGAUCUAGGAGGAGGGAGCCAGCAUCUGAGCUGAAGGGCAAACUGAGAGCCAGUCUGGACAGAGACGCAGAGUAUGUUAGGGAGAUGAGACGCCAUGUCGCUGAGUAUCCCAACACCCGUGUGGUCCUCAACAUGCGAAGUGGAAGCUGGGCGCUCAAACUGCCUUUCAUCCAGGAGGUUGUGGGACCUUCACUGAGGACAAUCUAUUUGGUCAGGGACCCUCGAGCAUGGAUUUAUCUCAUGGUAUAUAACAGUAAACCCAGCCUUUACUCGCUUAAGAACAUCCCACAGCACCUUUCCUUGAUAUUCAAGGAGGAUGCUGUCAGGGAUGGUUGCCCAACUGUGGCACCAGAGUUUAAAAUAAUACAGAGGCUGCUGUCCCGUGCGGAGACAAACCCUGUCCUGAUACUGGCUCAUCUGUGGCUGGCUCACACCGCAGCAGUGCUGAGGGUCAGCGAGAGCCUCCCCGAGGAGUCCUACCUCCAAGUGAGGUUUGAGGACGUGGUCAACUUCCCCCAGGAAACCGCAGAGAACAUUCACACAUUUCUAGGGGUGCCCGUCUCACCCGCAGCCCUCAACCAACUUAUAUUUACCACCUCCACAAACCUGUACAAUCUAAUGUAUGAAGGAGACAUUUCACCAGCCAAUAUUAACAUGUGGAGGCAAAAUAUGCCAAGAAAGGACAUCAGAUUAACAGAGGACAUAUGUUGGAGUGUGAUGAAGAGGCUGGGUUACACCAGAUUUGCCAGUUAACUUACUGCUGCUGGUCAGCUGAUACGGAGCUGUCUUGUUUACUGUAGCUGCCAGUCUCACUGAGUUCUGUAAAGUUGUUUUUGCACUGACCUUAAAUUUUAAAAAGAUGUUACAAAUUGAGGAAAAACUAGGUAGCAUUAGGCUAAACUGUCUGUGUUCAAGUUUUUUUUUUCUUUUUCUGUUAGUUGUAUUUUUUUUGGGUGUGUGUACAGUGAUGUACCAACUACAACAACAGAUGUUUGUGAUGGAGGAAUAUUUUACAUUAAAAUGGGUGGAAGGAAGCUUCUGUUAAUAUUCUUUUCCCCCAGCAGCCCUUCACACUUACUUGUAGCACUCUUUUAUUGAGUGAUACUCUAGACCUUUGCUGUCUUACAUGCAGCUGUGUCUUAAAGAGAAAUGCCACUGAAUUUCAGCAUAAAUUUGGUGUUUUUACAGCGUCUUAGAACAGCUCAGUUUCUCUGUGAAGAUUAUAUUCUGUGUGUCUUAGUAAGAGAUGAAAAAUGGGAGUUUCUCCCAUCCCUAAUCUGUGAUGUCAGAAAGCUGUUUCUGCAAAAUUCAUAUCUGUUAUUACUGGAAUUAUUUCAGCAAGAUCAAGGGAUAUUUACUGGUUUUGGAACAGAUAUGUUAUGAAGCUCAUUAAGAAGUAAGGCUCAUAUUUAUUGACAGUCUUAAUUUGUAGCUUUGGGAGAGAGCUUUCACAAGGACUAAUUUGGCUGUCAUAAAUUUUAAUAUCUGAAUUUUGAGUGCUGUUUCCCUUUAAAACUGUUGAAAAAUAAUGCUGCAUUGUAUAGACUUUUGCAAAGCAGAGAAAAUGAUGACAGUAGAGGUAGUGCUUUAUUGCUGUAAUAUAGACAUAUAAAAGAAAUGGAUUGUAUUUUCAUUAUAAAGGGUACACCAAUAGAGGGAUUUUAUUUGAAGCUCAAAAGAUGUCAAGACGGUUUGGUGGCUUAGCACUUUCACAGGGACUGUUUUGAUUGUAUAUGGGAUUCAGUGCAUUUUUCCAAAGCUAACUUUACUGUAUGUACUCGAUUAGCUUGGAAAUAUAAACAUCUGAAGAUAUAUAAACCUCUGAAGUUAUUAUGUCUAGAAGAAAGAAAGUUAGAAGUAUUUAUGGGUUCCAAAGACACAUAUCCCAAAGGAUCAGGAAUGAAUAUGAUUAUUAUAACUCCCUUUGGCAUUUAUUGAAUUAGAUCAGAGGGAAGUGCUUAAUAGGGAUCAAACUAAAAAAACAAAAAACUGUCAGCCUUGACACAUUUCUAGUCAAAGCAAUUUCCAAAGCAUCCCCCUCAGCUACUCAUAUUAAUCUGCAAAAUGCCAUAACUGAGGCUUACCCUGUGUUUUAUUGCUGUGCUAAGGCCCAGAGGAAAUGCAAACAGCACAAGUUUCUAUUUCCUGUCCUGGUCGAUCAGAUAUCAAAUGAUCUUUUGGGCGUUUGUCUUGAAAGCGUUCAGAAAGAAGUGGAUCGAGCAGGGGUUGAAUAUGAAGUAUAGUUUUAAAAAAACAAGUCAGAGACCAUUUCUACUCUGUGAUGUUAUGCUCUUUUGGCCAACAAGCUGGGCAAAAAUAUAUGCUCCUCACUAACCUUUAAUGCUGUCUCGCUUAAACAUUUUUGUACUGUAAAUGGAUCACAUUUAACAUAAAGAUGGUACACUCUAUUAUAGACUCUCAAUCGCAUCUGUACACAGGAAAAAAAAAAAAAAAAAACGCAUUGUGCUCAUUUGGAAAUAUCCAUCUUUUCUCAGCUAGAAACAGUCCUGUUUGUUUUCUUCUCUAUGAACACUGAAACCCUUGACUGCCUGGAAAACCUGUUUGAUGUUUGUGGUCUUUGAAUGUGUAGACUUGGCAGACAUGCUUUCACUUUGGUGUUGCAAUCCUGUUACCAACUCUGUUUUGUAUUUGCUCGUGGGGAUAUGGUUCCUUGCUUCUGUGGCCUUGAAUUACAAUCAUUUUCUUUAUAACGGUUUUCUGUGGGCUCUGGAGCAGAAGGUGGAGAUAAUGUAAAGAAAAUAAUAAAUUCAUAAAUAUAUUGGCAA